GAAUCGGCAGUGCAUCCUCCCCGCCGUCAAUAUGAAGCUGUUGGUUCUAUUCUGUCUCGCUGGACUGGCGGCGGCACGGCCACAGGCCGACGAGCGGAGCGCUCAGACCGUCAGCAUGGACAACGAGCUGCGGGAGGACCAAUCCUACGACUUCGCGUUCGAGACGUCCAACGGCAUCAUCCGCGAGGAGUCUGGCAUCUCCUACCCGGGCGCCGAACCGGAGACGGGCAACUACGUCCAGUCGGGCAGCUUCGAGAUCCCCCACCCUGACGGCACCGUCACCUAUCUGUCCUUCCUCUCUGACGAGAACGGCUACCAGCCCGAGAGUGACGCCCUCCCCACCUUCAACGGACGGGUGGACAUUCAGGACGCGUAAACAGGCUCUAAGCAGGGCCAAGGUGGACCGAAGGGAAAACUGGCUUAGAGAGGCGGCACCAUCGCGAUCGACAGGGAAGUGAGCAAGCCUGUCUGCUGAGCUAUAAUACCUCUGUGAUGUCAACAUUUUCAUGUGUCGAGACCACACUGCCGAAAGGAAUGCAACGAUUGAGCAUGAUGCGUACCUACUGUACUUAUGGAAAAAUCGGGAUUGUUUUAUGCCUUGUGAAGUGAUUGACCGGCAAGGAAAGUCAAACGAUAUGCACCCCAAUAUAUUUGAUUUGCAGAAAA